AGGCGUCGUUCGAGGUGCACGCUCUCAAGGAGGCGCAGACGCUGCUCAAGAUGCAGGAGGCCUUUGACCGCGACCUGACCGAUACCUUCACGGGGCUCAGCGUCAACGAGACCAUGUUUAAGCUUAUUCGGCUAGGGUACCACAAACGUGCGACAAAGAUCCAGAGCGAGUUCAAGGUACCAGAGAAGGUUGCGUGGUGGCUCAGACUACGCGCCCUGGUUGCAAAGCGAGACUGGAACGAGAUUGAAGAGCUCGCAAAGACGAGAAAAAGCCCGAUUGGGUGGGAGCCGUUUUACAACUUCAUGCUGCAGGCGGGUAACCCGCGGCUGGCGGCGGUCUUUGUGCCAAAGUGCACGGGACUGGAACCGGGAACGACCAUUACCAUGUACGAAAAGUGCGGGAUGCGGGUCAAGGCGGCGGAGGAGGCGGUGAAGCUCAAGGACGCCGAGGCGUGGGGUAGGCUCCUCGAGGCGGCGGGACGGGGAACGCAGGAGGGGCGGGAGAUUGAGAAGCUCGGAGCCGCGGUUUUCAAGAAGUGAGGCUGGCGAUUGUUUUUUUGCGAAGGCGAGGUAGGCGAAGCAUUUGACGCUUUCUUCGAGGACGAAGAUGAUGAGAUCAGACGAAGGAGAGGGGGGGGGGGGCGCGGGGUGCCAGGGUUAAAAGGGGUUG